AUGUUGAGAGUGUUGGAGAGGGUCGCUAGACCCCAUUCUGGAUUUGGGGGCUGUGGGGGCAUCAUUGGAGUUGCUCCUACUGUGGCUGAGUAUUGGUUUGAGGCCACUAAGAGGAUUAUGAACGAUAUUGACUGCACUCUUGAAAAGAAACUGAAGGGUGCAGUCUCUUUGCUUCGCGACAAAGCUUAUCAGGAAAGUACGUGUGAGGCGUAUUUAGCCUAUGUCAGUGUUUCACCUUCUGGGGACUCUUUUGUUUGGGAUAUCAAAAUAGUGAGGGAAUUUCCAGAUGUUUUUCCUAAGGAGUUAUCAGGUUUACCUCCAAAUCGAGAAGUUGAGUUCGAUAUUAAGCUUUUACCGGGUACAACUCCGGGGGCACCGAUUCCGUUUGUAAAGAAAAAGGAUGGUACCAUGAGGAUGUGCAUCGACUAUCGACAGUUGAAAAAACUGACUGUGAAAAAUAAGUACCCACUUUCGAGGAUCGAUGACCUCUUUGAUCAGUUUCAUAGGGUUGCGAUAUUCUCGAAGAUAAGUCUUCGUUCUGGGUAUCUUCAGCCUAGGGUUAAGGAAACUGAUAUUUAUAAGAUGGCAUUCAGGACUCAUUAUGGGCACUAUGAGUUCCUAGUUAUGCCCUUUGGUUUGACGAAUGCUACGGCUGCAUUCAUGGAUUUGAUAAACUGA